AUGUUCUUUCUAAUAGGUCUCAGUAUUUUGUUCGCAGCCAAUCAUGCUUAUGCGUUAGAUUGUAAGGUAGUGAAACAAGGUCAACAUUUCAUAUCAACACUUCCAUUCUAUGGUUUCAAACAAGAUCUUGUUCUUACAACACGCAUCCGAUUCAAUGAAUCUAUGGCUCGUUAUCUCUUUCCACCAACAGAAAGUAAAGGUCGUUCAUGUUCAUUAUCCUGGAAUCAAGUAUGGGGUGCUACACGAUGUGGUUAUUUAACCAGCACUCAAAUGGAUUUAGAUCGAUUCGUAUGGCGUCGUCCUAGUAGCUGUUUACAAUAUGAUUCUAAAGGAUAUGUUGUUAAUGAAUAUGAUGACUGUCCCGAAAAGAAUCUCAUCGAACUAGCUGCGUCUGCUUAUGAUAAUGGUUUGAAGCCAUUUGAACAUCCAGGUGUUUUACUGAAAGAAUUUACAACGAAACUUCAAAUCAAUACAUGGUACAAUUUCAAGUUGAUUUUCGAGGACACAAAAACAACCUAUCAACUGCUUGAUGAGUCGAAUCAACUUCUAGAAAGUCAAUUUAUUAACCAUCAUUCAUGUGAACAAUUUAAUUUUGGUAUGAUACAUGGUUUGUAUUUUGGUGGAGAAUGUCCAGCACCACAAGAUGUUUCAGUUUGUUACGAUUCAUCAUAG